UCAAAUUUGACGACUCAUUCCAUCGGCCGGCGAUUUUCGUUUCGUGCAGGAUAAGUUUUCUUGAUUUCAACCAAAUUUUCACAAUAUUGUAGGUUGUUUUGCCUUAAAAUUGGUUACAAAAUGGAAAAGGACAUACCCCUGUACGACCUGGCUCAGCAGGACUACCACGUGUUGGAGGAAAUGAUUUCCUCCAAACCGGAGCUCAUCACCAAAAAGGAUUCGAACGAUCGUUACCUUCUUCACUGGGCCGCCCUUCGGGGACGAGAAUUGAUGGUCGAAGAGCUUCUGAAAAAGGCUCCGCAACAGCUGGAAACGCAUGACGAUACCGGUGCCAAUCCGCUUAUUUUGGCUGCCCUUGGGGGGCAUCUUAGCACGGUACGAUUGCUGGUCGGACAAGGAGCUGUGAUCAACCACCGGAACCUGCAGGGACAUUCGGCGUUACAGUACGCUUGUUCUAAGGGGCAUUUUGAGAUUGCCAAGUUUCUUCUGGACGAAGGGGCUGACGUCAACGUGACCGAUAAUCGGCAUGACACAGCUCUUCACCGAGUUGCUUCCCAAGGGCGAACGGAAAUUCUCAAAUACCUCCUUGAGCAUUCUGCCAAGGCAGAUGUUCAAAAUGCCGAAGGCAACACUCCGCUGCAUCUGGCAUGUGAGGAUGAACAGAACAGCUGCGCCCUACUGCUGGUGGAACAUGGAGCCUCGAUUCAUGUUCAGAACAAAGAGAAAAAGACUCCUCUUGAUUUGGCAAAACCUGGACUUCGAAGAAAUCUCAAGACAAAGCUCGGAAUUGGUGAUGAAUAAAUAACGAUUUUUUCUGGAUCUCAA